AUGUGGAGCAGAGAGAGCGCUUCUCUACUUCUCAUCUGCCUGCUGGCGCUCACAGCUCUCUGGAAAACCAGGUCAGUGAAUGCCGAUGCCACAUCUGAUGCCUUUAAAACCAACAUCACCCUGUUCACACGGAUCCUGGACAGCCUGCUGGAUGGAUACGACAACCGUCUACGGCCUGGUCUUGGGGACAGGAUAACUGAGGUGAAGACAAACAUCUACGUCACCAGCUUUGGACCAGUUUCAGACACAGACAUGGAAUACACCAUAGACGUUUUCUUCAGGCAAAGCUGGAAGGAUGAGAGGUUGAAAUUUCAUGGACCAAUGAAUAUUUUGCCCCUCAACAACUUGAUGGCAAGUAAAAUCUGGACUCCGGACACCUUCUUCCACAAUGGGAAAAAGUCUGUGGCUCAUAACAUGACCAUGCCUAAUAAACUGCUGAGGAUCAAAGAUGAUGGGACACUGCUGUACACAAUGAGGUUAACUGUGCAUGCAGAGUGCCCAAUGCAUCUGGAGGAUUUCCCCAUGGACUUUCAUUCCUGUCCACUAAAAUUUGGCAGCUAUGCCUACACAAUCUCAGAAGUGACUUAUGCUUGGACUCGAAAUGCCUCCGACUCUGUGGUGGUGGAAGGAGAAAGCUCCCGCUUGAACCAGUAUGACCUGCUUGGACAAACGGUCGGACAAGAAACCAUCAAAUCGAGUACAGGUGAAUACACAGUGAUGACGGCUCAUUUCCAUCUGAAGAGGAAGAUUGGCUACUUUGUCAUCCAGACGUACCUCCCGUGCAUCAUGACAGUCAUUCUUUCCCAAGUGUCUUUCUGGUUGAAUAGAGAAUCAGUGCCAGCUAGGACUGUGUUUGGUGUAACCACUGUUCUCACUAUGACAACACUGAGUAUAAGUGCGAGGAACUCCCUUCCCAAGGUUGCCUACGCCACUGCCAUGGACUGGUUCAUCGCCGUCUGCUACGCCUUCGUCUUCUCUGCUUUGAUUGAGUUUGCAACUGUCAAUUACUUCACAAAGCGCGGCUGGGCUUGGGAUGGAAAGAGUGUUGUGACUGACAAGAAAAAAGAGAGGGCGUCUGUCGUCAAGAAGAAUAACGCUUAUGCUGUAGCAGUGGCCAACUACGCACCGAACAUCACCAAGGACUCCAGCACACUUCCAACUAUUGCCAAAGGUGGAGCGUCGGAUCCCAACAAGCCCAAAGCAGACGGUAAAGCCCAAGACAGCAAGAAGACGUUCAACAGCGUCAGCAAAAUUGACAGGAUGUCAAGGAUUUUGUUUCCGGUUCUCUUUGGCUCCUUCAACCUUGUCUACUGGGCCACCUACUUAAACAGAGAACCCAUUAUAAAGGAUAUGGUCCCCUCUAAUUAGAGGCCACUUUUAAUGGGUUCUGGUCUGGGGACUAAGAGACGAACCAAAUACCUCCAGCAACUGUGUACACAUACCUUUGCAGAGUGAAGUCCUGGAUUGCAGUGUGAUCCUCUAUCUCCGCCUGUUUUCUACACCGUCUGCAGCACUUUUGAAAAGCCUGGCUUUUGUAAAUGUGUAUGUAUAUUUAUAUUCAUGGUUUCAUGGUGACACAUUGUGUGAUUACUUCGAUUAGAGUGCAUAUUUCCUUGAAAGUAUGUUUCCAGUUACAGUAUGUGGCCACUGUACAUACGAAUCAAAUGAAGAGUAAACACAUAACACAUACAUUUUUAUUUAAGAUUUCUUCUAAAUGUGUUGGAUUUUGCUGGUAAUGCCCACUCUCUUGAUAUUACAGUAUAUAUUUUUCUUUUGAGUGAAAGGGACUGAUUAUAUCAUAUUUCUUACUUUCUUUGCCAUCUACUGUAAGAGUGGCCUGACUCUUUUUUAUUUUUCUGUCCAAGCCAAUGCAAAAACACACUUGUAUAAUAUUGUUACAGUGUACAGUUGUUUUAUUAUCUGUGUCUGCAGGUAUGGGGCUGCAAUCGAACGUUGACCUCCAGAAUUACUGAAACACAGAAAAAAAGGUUGCAAAAACAAAAGUACAGAGGGAAGAUACAAGAUUAGUGUGCUUGUGUAUGUAACACUGUGUAGCAAUGGCAUAUUACUGGAAAAUAUCUAUUUGGGAAAACUAAUGAGAACACACGAUUUUGAGGAGGAAAGAA